GACAUCUUCCGUGGAACGGUGGAGUAAACAUUCCCAGCUGCGAUUCCACACGUUUAGGCGUCUUGGAUCUCCCAUCAUGAGUCCUGCGACAAACAUUCAUAUACCCCCCGUUUCCCCCGCUGAACCUGGUCCUCUUGCUUCAGAUUUCUUCCAACAGCAACUCGCAAAACAAAGAAAUAAUAACUAUCAUUCUACCUCACUAAGAAACAUGGUUGCUGCUUCGGUGAAUCGCACUGCUCUGCACCCUGGUGGUGUUCAGCCGGGUAAGGGUCACACUGAGCUCGAGGAAGAGCUUCACGAACACGCCCACAUUGACUAUGACCGCGUUGCUAUUAUUGCCAACCCUGCUGUCCCUGCUCUCUACGAAGAUGCUCUGGUCUACGAGACUGGUACCGCUAUCACCUCCAGCGGUGCCCUGACUGCCUACUCUGGUGCUAAGACUGGUCGCUCUCCCUCUGACAAGCGUAUCGUCAAGGAGGAGACCUCCGAGAACGAUGUCUGGUGGGGACCUGUCAACAAGCCCAUGACUCCUGAUGUCUGGCGCAUCAACCGUGAGCGUGCUGUCGACUACCUCAACACCCGUAACCGCAUCUACGUUAUCGAUGGUUUUGCCGGAUGGGACGAGAGAUACCGCAUCAGCGUCCGUGUCGUCUGCGCCCGUGCCUACCAUGCUCUCUUCAUGCGCAACAUGCUUAUCCGCCCCUCCCAGGAGGAGCUGAAGCACUUCCACCCCGACUACGUUAUCUACAACGCUGGUUCUUUCCCCGCCAACCGCUUCACUGAGGGUAUGACCUCCGCCACCUCCGUUGCCAUCAACUUCGCCGAGAAGGAGAUGGUUAUCCUGGGUACCGAGUAUGCUGGUGAGAUGAAGAAGGGUGUCUUCACCGUCCUCUUCUAUGAGAUGCCCGUCAAGCACAACGUCCUGACCCUCCACUCUUCGGCCAACGAGGGCAAGGAUGGCGACGUUACUGUCUUCUUCGGUCUUUCCGGUACUGGCAAGACCACUCUGUCUGCCGACCCCAACCGUGCCCUGAUCGGUGACGACGAGCACUGCUGGACCGACCGUGGUGUCUUCAACAUCGAGGGUGGCUGCUACGCCAAGUGCAUUGGUCUCUCUGCCGAGAAGGAGCCCGAUAUUUUCAACGCCAUCCGCUUCGGAUCCGUCCUCGAGAACGUUGUCUUCGACCCCAUCUCCCGUGUUGUUAACUACGACGACUCUACCCUUACUGAGAACACCCGCUGUGCCUACCCCAUUGAGUACAUUGAGAACGCCAAGAUCCCCUGCUUGUCCGACAAGCACCCCUCGAACAUCAUCCUCCUCACCUGCGAUGCCCGUGGUGUCCUUCCCCCGAUCUCCAAGCUCACCACCGAGCAGACCAUGUUCCACUUCAUCUCGGGUUACACCUCCAAGAUGGCUGGUACUGAGGACGGCGUCACCGAGCCCCAGGCUACCUUCUCUUCCUGCUUCGCCCAGCCCUUCCUGGCCCUGCACCCCAUGCGCUACGCCCGCAUGCUGGCGGACAAGAUCUCGCAGCACAAGGCCAACGCCUGGCUGCUCAACACCGGUUGGGUUGGUGCUGGCGCUACCACCGGUGGUAAGCGUUGCCCUCUCAAGUACACCCGUGCCAUCCUGGACGCCAUCCACAACGGCUCCCUCAACCAGGUUGAGUACGAGACCUAUGAUGUGUUCAACCUGCACGUUCCCAAGAGCUGCCCCGGUGUUCCUUCCGAGCUCCUCAACCCCAAGAACAGCUGGACCGCCUCGACGAACUUCUCCGACGAGGUCAACAAGCUUGCCAAGCUGUUCAACGACAACUUCGGCAAGUACGCUGACCAAGCGACGCGCGAGGUCAUUGCGGCCGGUCCGGUGCCUCAGUAAAUUGUUUUCCAUUCUGUUUUUCCAUUUCCUUUUAUCUGCUUUUGAUAUCUUGCAUGGCGUGCUGCGUUUCCAAUCAUGGGUCAUUUGAAUCUUCCACUACCAUGUGUGGCCUACCCCGGCCGGCGGGGAAAAUACCAUUGG